AUGGGCGUGUUGGGUAUGUGUAUACGAAGGUUUUCAUUUUUAUUUUGACCUAUUAGCGCUCCUCUGUCAUUGUUGACAUAUUGAUCUUUCCGUUAGCGGGAAUCCUUGAGACUUCUCAUUCAAAAAAUAACUAGAAUUUGGCUUGUUUGGACGUGGGAGGCUAUUCUGAAAUUUUCACCUCUAUUCAGUUGUGAACAAGUUUCAUCUCUUAUUUUCAAAUUAUAAGUUUCUCCACUGGACCUUACUCUUCAAUCUUGAUUUAUAUUCAACUAGAGUUAUGUCUAACAUGAGUUUUUCAGCAAUGACGCCAGGGGCGCUGAAGGUGGUUAAAACCUUAUUUAAUCACCUAAUGAGUCCAGAGAGCAAUGUCGAAACAUUGCAGUGUUUUGCAUUGUAAGUUUUUCGUCUUUUAACAUAUUUUUAAUAAUGAGAUGCUCGUUUUUAAGAUGAUAUAUUCGUUUUUAUUUUGCAGACAAUGCCAAAUAUUCGCUGAUCGCGGCGAAUAUUUUGUUGUUCGCGACAAAGCUUUCGCAGCUUUUCGCGAAUGCUCGCAUAGAGAAGGAAUGAAAGAAAGUGAUGGGCUACUGCAUCUCUUGAAAGUCGUGGUGAGGAACAAUUAUUAUUGGAUAAUAAGAAAUAAAAUUGUUUAAAGGCGAAAAACAGCCGAUCUGGGUCCACGGGAGUUUACGAGACGUUGGACAGUCAAAGCCGCUUCUCAAAUUCGCUACAGUUCCACCUCCAAUGGGCUGAAUUAUACGGCCAAAAAAGAGACCUGGAAGGCUUCAAAAAGGUUUUGUUGCGAUUUGAGGGUUAAAAUUGUUUUUAUAGGUAUUGGAAUUAGCUCGAGAUCGCCUCGUCGGCAAACAAUCGCUCGAAAAUUUGGAAUCCGGAUUCAGGUCAGUUCCUUUAUUCUUGAUUGAUAAAUGGAGUUUUUGCAGGGAUUUGGCCGACGAAUACUUCCCCGGCGACGUCGACAAACUUUUCAGUCAAAUGGACGACACGAACAUUAUUUUUAAGCCGCUGACACCGAACGGAAAUCAAAGAAAAGGUUGGAAAUUAUUUGUUUACCUUGAAAAUGUUUUUUUUUUCUCAUCAGGUCGACGUCGAUCCUCGGUGGCGAUUCUCCAGAGGGCAGCUGCCUCUUCGAAUCCGACGGCCGUCGUUUCUUCUUUCGGCCCAAAGAGUCAGUUUUCUUUUUUUUUUUCAGGACUUGGUUUGGGGUUUCUCGAGAACACUUGGACCAAUAGAUGAAGUUUCAUGUUGAUUAUCGAUCUAAUAUUGGAAAUAUGUGUGAAAUGAUCCCAACUCGAUAAUAAAAAAAUCAAUUUGUCCUAAGGCCUGCUCUCAUUUAAGAAUUUUUUUGCGAAUCUUUAUUAAAUAUUUUUUUGCGAAUUUAUUGAAGAUUAUUGAAGAUUAUCCCUCGAAAAAAUUUCUAAUGCGGAAAAUUUGAACAAAAGACGUAGGCAUAUGAAGGUUUUUUUUUCAAAUCCAAUCCGUUUUUCUUAAUAUAAUAUUUUAACAUAGUUUUGAGCCACGUCGUGAAUUUUUAUUUUCAGCGAGAACCUUGAUCCGACCAGAGUUCAUCUGCAGAUCAGACGGCUAUUUCGGAAUUUCAGUGGAGGAGUUUCGAGCCGCACAGUUAUCCGAUGACCAGGUACCAGCAGAAAUUUCAUCUCAAAAUAGAUUUUUUUUUUCUCAUAUGCCAUUUAGAAUCCAAUACCAUUUUCCAGGGAGGAGAUAUGGACAUUACUGAGAUGGAAGAAGCUCAUAAUCCACAGAACGGCCAGACGAGACGCGAUUCUGGAAUCGUCAAGAAUAUUUUCGAGUAUUAUCUCUACUUUUUGGCCUUUUUAUCCCUUUUUUCUCAGACCCCCAAAGACAAAUAGCGAUGCAGUCAUCCAGAGAAUGAACGAGAUCGAAGUUUGUUUGUUUUUUUUUAACUAUUUUCACUUUUUUUAAACGCUUGUCGUUGGCUUUUCCAAAGACGCGUGUGUUUUUCAUGACCUAAAAUAUAAUUAGAAGCGAAUUUUCACCAAGAAACCUCUAAUAAAUUUAUCUAAGCUUAUCUAAAAAAAAAAAUUUGCGAACAAAUAAUUAAAAAUUGCUAAGAACGACGGAAAUAUAUUAUUUUCAGAAAGAAAACCGACGACGCAAGAUGUCGCAAAUCGAGGAAGAACAGAAAUCGGAGAAAACUUUGGACGACUCUCUUCUGGACUGUACCGACGACAAAAGACCGCGUUUCCACUCGCCGUUGGCUCCUGCCAAAACAAAAUCGAACGGUUUGAAAACAAAAUUCAUCUUUUGAUCAGCAUGGUCUUGCAGUUUCGAGCCUCAGGGAUAAGACGAUAGUGUUGUCCUCGGACUCGGCGAGAUCUGGAACUGCUACGGACAGGACGCUGGGCGUCGAUUCCAGUUUCACGCUCGAAAAUGUUCAUUCGGCUCAGAAGGGCGGUUUAUCCACGAAAGAAGGUCGCAAAACGGAUAGGACUUCGAUAUUUUUGUUCAUUUUUUUAGGUCGAAUCUCUUCGCAGAAGCCUGAGAUUUCGUUCACUGAGACGGCCUACAACGAAGCGCGGGCCCUUUUCUCCGACACUGUUCAUCUCAAAGGCACGAUUCUUUCAAAUUUUGUAGUGGCAGUAGAAAAAAAGUUCUUUUUUGGAUUUCUUUUUCUUUUUUAUAUUAUUAUAUAACUACCAGACGGGUUUUGAUGCGAAAAUUUGGAAAAAAAAAACCAUUACAAGUCGUGUCAUAUAAGGUCUGACAAUGACUAUAAGGAUUCACUUCAGACGGUUCGGGAGGUGAGGAGGAUUUGACGACGGCCGUCAAGGGCAAAUCGCCGCCCGUCGAGGAAUCGUUCGACGUGCUCGACGAUCCAGAUCCAACGAUGCUCGUCCAUUCGGAGAAGCGUCAGUCCGAUCUGUCAGUAUCCUCUUAGUUCCUCCUCAAUUUGACCAAUCUCUAGGCCAUCCUCUGGUUUGAACGUCGUCUUCGACCUCGAAUCUUCUGAAGAGUCUCCUCGUCUGAAGAGCGACGAAAUCGAACAAAUCACCUCGCCAAAUGAACACCAUCCACGUCAGUUUUCGUUUCAAGAUUUUUUUUUUUGGGAAAUUCAGAAUGUUUACUCCGAAGUGAAAGAAAAACGCUUCAACAUUUUUGUUCACUUAUUUUUCAGCCUUUGUAAAAAAAAACUUUCAGACGGCGCCGAUGAGAGCAUUAUCAUGGGAAAUUUUUUCCGAAGGUCUGGAAUCUCGGCUGUAACCUCAACGCCAAUGGAAUCUGGUGUGUUCGUUUCGGCAGAAGGUUAUUUUUUUUCCUUCACUAUGAACAUCAUCUCCCUUCGUUUCAGAGUUCUUCGGAAAUUCGCAUGCGAAUGAUGUUUUGAAAAGCAAGCAUGAAGACGACGACGGCGUCUUCGCGAUGCCAAAGAUGCCCCCAGCCGGCUUCAGAGUUCGUUUUUUUUUCUUCUCAAAGUAUUCAAUCGCUUAUCUUUGCUGUAAACUAUCAAAAAAAUAUAUAUAUAGUUACGUCCUGAUGUUUAAGAUUACUUUUUUUUUUGCCUACACUCCUUCCAUGGGGCUGGAGUUUAUUUUUAUACCUAUUUUGCACGAUUUUCAUGAGCCAUUUUCUUCUUGCGAUUUAAUCUAGUACUUUACUUGCCGCUCUAUUAAAAACCGUAAAAAAAUAAUACUUUUUUAAAAAAAGCUGCUUUCUUUCAGAGACAAUCUUUGGCCAACACUACCAGAACGAACACCGCUCUCAGUGUCAAGAACGAAUCGCAGAACAAGAGCAAAAGUUCGAGUGCACUGGAAAAGGACAUUUCGGUCUCUGACGUCCUGGAAAGCGACAUCCGGCGACUGAGCAUCGGCGGCGUCGAAAAUAUCUCCCAGAAGACCGCCGAAGUCGAUCUCAAUGAAACGACCGGCGAAUCGAAGCGUCGCAGAAGGUUUUCGAAAGGACCGGAGGGCGUUCUGAAAUAACUUGAUUGCAGUGAGGUCAUCACCGGCAUGAAUCCCUGGGAUCCGAGCAUCCGGAAGAAGAUCAUGGCCUCCGUCCGACCGCCAACUCAUCUCCAUGAAUUCGAAGUACGAAAACCGGGACUUUUUUUUUUGGGAAAUGGUAUUGACAACUCUCUAGUUGGCGCGGAAAAUAGAAACGAGUUUUUUAUUUGUUCAAGCCUCUUUCGGUAUAUGAGAUAAUCGAUUAAAUGCACACAAAUGUGGAAUAAAACUGUUUAGAAUCAUUAGCAGCUUUUAUCACUAGCAUUGUAAUUGUAAUAAAUUGUUCAAGGGGAUCUGUCCAAAAGUUCAAGCGAUGCGCGAUUUGACGGUCAGCGGAGAAAAAGUGCAGAUUCUGACGUUGAUCGGACAAGGCGGCUACGCCAAGGUGUACAAGGGAAAGCUGGAGGACGACACUUGCAUCGCCGUCAAGGUAGCGCUCUAGGGAACUGAUCGUCGAGACUUCUCUCGGUUUGCAGUACGAGGUUCCGUCGUGCGCCUGGGAGGUCUACGUCUGCGACCAGAUACGUCAUCGGCUCCUGAAGAACGCCAACGCCGACCUCGUCAACAUCUCCAACAAUGCCGUCAUGCAGGUCCCUCUUGUCCAUUGUCUCUCCUCUGGACGGGAAAAUCUUUAGAUCACGGACGCCUACAUCUACAAAAACGCGUCGUUGAUUUUCAACGCUUUCCAUGAAUAUGGUACCUUGCUGGUGGGUUUCCAGCUUUUAUAUUUUGGUUUUCAAAAAUUAAUUCGUGUUUCAGCUAGGUGUUUUUUAUUUAGAAGCUCUCAAAGUAUUUAUUUUACUGAGAAGAUACAUUUGAAACUUCAGCGCUUUUCAAAUAUUAAAUCUAUCAGUUUUCAAUUUUUUUUUUUCCUUGCAUAGCUUCCUGUUGUUUAGAGAGAAUGAUCGUGUUUAAUUUUUUCCAACUUUUAGCGGAUUUUUCAAUCUAGCUAUGUCAAAAAUUAGGAGCUUGUGGUCAAACUAAGAAAAAAGAAGUUUUUUUCAAACUAACUGAAGUACUAAAGUAAAAAACUAAAGUUUACGAAGCACAGGACUUGACGAACUCUGUGCACGAUCCUCAUUGGAUGCACGUUCUGUUCGUUGCGAUCCAGAUGGCGCGAAUCGUGCGUUCCGUCCACGGCACUAUGAUUGUCCACGGCGACAUCAAACCCGACAACUUCAUGAUCACCAAGAAGUUGUUCAGCUCCUCGAAGCCCCCGAAUAACAGGGAGACUUGCUCAGGAUCGACGCGGAGUUGUCGUCGGCGGACGUCCUGGACGACUACGUCAUCAAGCUCAUCGACUGGGGCAGAUCCAUCGACCUCGCCUCCUUCCGAGACAGCACUUUCAAGGGUCGCGCAGGCACGGAGUGUUUCGACUGUCCGGAGAUGAUUGUCAGUUUUUGAUCAGAGCAAAGAAAUUAAGUAUAAUUUGUCUAAUUCCCGAUUAGACAAAAGCGCAAUUUUCUUCAAAAAGGCUAAAGAGCUUAUGAAAAGUUAUAUCAAUAAUACUUAUUGACAGAUAAACGUAAUCUUCGUAUAAUGGUAGAUUGACCAGAAAAUUUUCUGGUUUCAAUCCGAAACUAUUCAAAUUACACAAGGUUUUUUCAAAACUCUCAGGCGGAUAUUUUGACUUUUGCGGAAUCAAUCUGGACACGGCAUUAUGAAAAUAAAUGUUGAACUUCGCACUUCGCUGAAUUUGGAAAAGAAAAUGUAAACUUUGACGAAAGCUCUCAAAAGAUUCAAAAAGUUAGACCGAAUAAUCAAAAUUAUCGCUGAGAAAUAGAAGAAGAAUGAUCCCUUUCAAAGAGAGAGGUCAAGAUGAUGCACAUAUCACUUUGAAAAUCUUUCAAAAACCUCAAAAUAAUUGCAGGACGGACGCCCUUGGACAUAUCAACCGGACUAUUUCGGCUACAUCGCCAGUGUUGUUCUGAUCGCGACCGGAAAGUAUGAAAGCCUGAAGGUUGACGGCUUCAGUCUGGGCGAGUACAGACUUCCGGCCGUCAUCAAAAGGUUAUCCUGUUCUUUUUCGUCUCUAAUAAUGUCCUUUCAAGACGUUUGGUCAUUCGGGACAUGCUAACCGAAAUGAUUCAUCAGUUCCUCAACAUCCCAUCCUGCAACGAGUUGCCCAGCUGGGAUGCUGUCAUCGAGGUAAACAUUUUUAAAGGUGCUUAUUCAGGCUGAUUUGAAACGGAGAAACAGGCGUUUUCGAGUUUUAUGAUUUUUUUGAGAUAAAAAUGGACAGCAAGCACAAAUUUUGAGGAUACUGUGAUUAGAAGGUCUAAUCUAGAAGAAAUUUCAAGAUUCUCAUCUCAGGCAAAAAAUCUCUUUCAACCAAAGUUCCUCACAAAAUAUAUAAAAUUUAUCUUUAGUUCCAAAAGAACCUCUGAGCCAUUAUUGCGCGCUCGUUGGACUAAAAAAAAAUCAAAAAAUCGAACAUAAUUUUUCGAAACGACUAUUUCUUUGCAUGCCGUCGGAUUCUACUCGGUUUUUCAGAAGAUGGAGAGUUUCUGGCACGCGAAUUUUACGGCGGUCGAAUGGCGAAGCGUCGUCGGCAGGUUCAACGGCGCGAUCAGCAGUUUCGCGAGUCGCUGA